AUGAGCCUCUCCUCCCUCUCCCGCGCCCUCGCCCGGUCCGCGCGCUCCACCCGGCCGCCGCGGCAGGGUUCUCUGCUUGAGGGGUAUGCCGGGCUCCGCGCGGCGCCGACCCCGCGGCCGUCGAUGCCUGGCGGUGAUGUCGGCGGAUUGGGGUUUGUGCGCAGCUACUUGACGUCAGCGCUGGGGAGCCGGGCGGCGGCGCCCACCGGGCAAGGGAAGCUCGGGGAUUGGAGGUUCCUGCUCGCCAGCUCGCAGUUCCGGCGGCUGUUCUCCGAUGGGUCCAACAAGAAUUACGAGAAGUACCAUCCAAAGGAGAAACAGGAGGAGCCAAAGGGGGAUGGGAGUGACAAGUCUAACCCCAAAAAGGAUUCCAAUUCAAAGUUUCAGUGGAAUUUCAAAGAGGAUGUCAUGAAAAAAUUCCAGGAACUCCUUGCCCCUCUGCUUUUUCUUGGACUAGUGUUGGCAACCUUACCCAGGGGUAAUUCCGCACAGCAGAUAAGCUUCCAAGAAUUCAAGAACAAGUUAUUGGAACCAGGGUUAGUUGAUCACAUUGUUGUUUCAAACAAAUCAGUUGCAAAAGUUUAUGUUAGGAGUUCACCCUCAAGCAACCAAGGCCAGGACGGUGAUAUCCAUAUCACAACCAGUCAUCUCCCUGGUAGAGAGACUCCUAGCAAGUACAAGUACUACUUUAACAUUGGAAGCGUAGACUCCUUUGAAGAGAAGUUAGAAGAGGCCCAGGAAGCAUUGGGGAGAGAUCCACAUGUUUAUGUUCCAGUAACCUAUACUUCUGAAGUUAAUUGGUUCCAGGAAUUGAUGAGGUUUGUCCCAACAGCUUUGCUUGUUGGAUUAAUUUAUGUGGUGGGGAAAAGGAUGAAAGGUGGUAUUAGUAUUGGGGGUCCUGGGGGUGGAGCUCGUGGUAUUUUUAGUAUUGGAAAAGUUCAAGUGACAAAGAUGGACAAAAAUUCAAAAAACAAGGUGUUCUUUAAGGAUGUAGCUGGUUGUGAUGAAGCGAAACAAGAAAUAAUGGAAUUUGUGCAUUUCCUGAAAAAUCCCAAGAAAUAUGAAGAACUGGGAGCUAAAAUACCAAAGGGUGCUCUUCUUGUGGGUCCCCCUGGUACAGGGAAAACACUCCUUGCUAAAGCUACUGCAGGAGAGUCUGAUGUGCCCUUCUUGUCUGUUUCUGGUUCAGACUUCAUGGAGAUGUUUGUUGGUGUUGGACCAUCCAGGGUUCGGAACUUAUUUCAAGAAGCUCGACAAUGUGCACCUAGUAUUGUAUUCAUUGAUGAAAUCGAUGCAAUUGGUCGUGCAAGGGGUCGUGGGGGAUUCUCUGGGGGAAAUGAUGAGCGUGAAAGCACAUUGAACCAGUUGCUUGUAGAGAUGGAUGGAUUUGGAACAACAUCUGGAGUUGUUGUUCUUGCUGGUACAAACAGACCUGACAUCCUAGAUAAGGCUUUGCUCAGACCAGGGAGAUUUGAUCGUCAGAUAGCCAUCGAUAAACCAGACAUAAAUGGUCGUGAUCAAAUAUUUCGCAUUUACCUUAAAAAACUUAAGCUGGACAAGGAGCCAUCAUUUUAUUCUCAAAGAUUAGCAGCUUUGACACCUGGGUUUGCUGGGGCUGAUAUUGCUAAUGUUUGUAAUGAGGCUGCUUUAAUUGCCGCAAGGAGCGAGGAUGCACAGAUAACGAUUCAGCAUUUUGAAGCUGCUAUUGACAGGGUUAUUGGAGGCUUGGAGAAGAAAAACAAGGUUAUUAGCAAGCUGGAGCGCCAAACUGUUGCGUACCAUGAAUCUGGUCAUGCUGUCGCUGGAUGGUUUUUGGAGCAUGCAGAACCGCUUCUUAAAGUUACAAUUGUUCCUCGUGGAACAGCUGCUUUAGGAUUUGCUCAAUAUGUCCCUAGUGAGAAUCUUUUGAUGACAAAAGAGCAGCUUUUUGACAUGACAUGCAUGACGCUAGGUGGUAGAGCUGCAGAGGAGGUUUUGAUUGGGAAAAUCUCUACUGGGGCUCAAAAUGACCUGGAGAAAGUCACCAAGAUGACUUAUGCCCAGGUUGCAGUAUACGGUUUCAGUGAAAAGGUUGGGCUUCUUUCUUUCCCUCAAAGGGAGGAUGGUUUUGGAAUGAGCAAGCCAUAUGGUGGCGAGACUGCAUCCAUCAUUGACACUGAGGUGAGGGAAUGGGUGGCAAAGGCCUAUGAAAAAACUCUUGACCUGAUCAAGACGCACAAGGAGCAGGUUGCACAGAUUGCAGAGCUGCUGCUUGAGAAGGAGGUUCUCCACCAAGAUGAUCUAGUCCGGGUACUAGGGGAACGCCCAUUUAAGACAGCUGAGCCUACUAAUUACGAUCGUUUCAAACAAGGUUUCCAGGUUGAAGAGAGCGACAAGAGUGCUGAGGUUUCAGAUGCCAAUCCAUCAUCCCUGGGAAAUGUUGUGCCAACAUAAAUCUUGACAACUUCAAUCUGUACAUUGCAUCAACCCCUCCACCCCACAUAUGGCAUCAGAAGGCUGUAUAAAAGAGUUCCUUCGUGAUGAUUUGGUUCCCAUGCAGACUCUGAACUUCUGUCGACUCACAUAGUUGAGGCUUCUGUUUUUUUAACUAUACUGACAGAAGUGUUUCUCUCGGCGAUCUGCACUACGAUGUUCCCUGAUAAGGUCGCGAUAUUUAAUUCCAUUUGCCGAGACGGCAUGAGUUUGCACUUCGUGCUCUUUUGUCGAGACA